AUGGCAAACUACCUCAUCAAGAGGCACCCGCUUCAGCGGAUGCCCAGUCCCUCUCGUGGCCUGUCAGCCUUGGUCCAUCUGGCCGGUCUCUCGAGCUUUCUAUGGUCUUUCAAAUACAUGCAUGAAAAUCCCAAUCAAGCUAACCAGGCCUAUGGGUGGCAUUUCCAAUAUCUGACCGUGAUUGGUCUUUCCCUGUCGACCGUUACGUUUGCUGUUGCCUUACUGGCGGAUGUCACCUUGUCUCGGCGACUGUUUCUCGUCAAGAAUCUCCUCUCGGUGUGCAGUGCCCCACUGGAGGUCUUGAUUAGUGUCCUGUACUGGGGCCUUCGCUUGAUCGAUGAGCGUCUCGUGAUUCCCGAGUGGGUAGUGAUACCUCUGCAUGCCGACAUCGGUUUUCACGCAGUUCCUUCAGUGGUGCUGUUGAUUGACCUACUGCUCCUCUCACCACCUUGGACCAUCAGCAUAUUCCCUGCACUGGGACUGUCUGGUACCAUAGCCCUUGGCUACUGGUUCUGGAUUGAGCAGUGCUUUUCCUACAAUGGAUGGUACCCAUACCCCAUCUUCGAGGCUUUGCCCCCGUCUGGCCGCGUUGCUCUUUUCACUCUUAGUGCUGUUGUGAUGGCCUUCAGCACCAUAACUCUCAAGUGGCUCUUCGGGCGCGUCAAUGGGUUUGGUAGCCCUCUCAAGCCGGAGUCCCGUCCUGGUGACAUCAAGCGUAAGGAAGGUCUGUAG